UGUUUACAUCUGGGUCAGCAGCUGGGGGCGUCCUCCAGUCCUCCAGUCCUGUGUCACAACACUUUCGUCGUCGCCCCUAAAUCAACACAACAACAACACUUGUCACUCUUCCAGUUUGUUACAUUGAACACUUGUUAUUGUCAGUUUGUCGCCUUGAACACUUGUUGUUGUCAGUCUGCAGGUGACUGUAUCUUGAACUACAGACGGAAACGAAUGUCAGGCUGCUGAUGCUGUCCCCGAGACACUUGUCACUGCUGCUGCAGCUGCCCAUGAGACAUACAUCACCUCUUCUGCUGCUGCAACCUCAUAUAGACUGCUGUUAGGAGCAGACUUGUACUGAAGUCGACCUUUACCAUGAGCAGACGUCCUAUACUCACCUAUGCAGGGGACAACAAUGUGUUCAACGGGUUGCAGGCAGGGCUGGCAACUGGUCUUCCUCAAGAAAAUGUGGAGUGGAGGCGUUCUUAUGGCCGACCCUCCAGGUGUGUCCACGUCGAGGUAGAUUUUGUUCCGUUCUCAGAGGAGUGCCUGGGUAAAGAUGCACCCCGUACCAUCCUGGGCCAGCCUAUCUUCCACACGUACUGGACAGACUGUGCUGAUGUGGAGGCUUACAAGAAUGUGGUGCGAGACAAUCUGCAGGCAUGGGUAGUCUCUCUCAAGCAACAGAGCGUCACAGACUGGAUGGUUAUUCUCCUUGAGACUCCCGACACCCGCAAGGGCAACAAACUGCUUCCACGAACUACUGUGCUUGACAAAAUCAAGAACGAUUUUGGUGGAAAGCAAGCAGAGAGAUGUAUGUCAGUGAUUGACCCUCUUAAGUCUGACUCAAGGUCAGUGGAAUCAUGGCAGACUCUCCUUACUAAGAUGAGGCAUUUGCUGAUGGUGGCAUACAACAGAGCCCUUAACAGGUUUGAGGAAAGCAUGAGGGCAGAGCGGGAACGUCGCAUAGAAAAGUCCUGGUCCUUCUGUUCUUAUUUUUUGUUACAAGAAGAGCUAGCACAAGUAUUUCAGUUGUUGGCUCUAUACGAUGAGGCUCUCGUCCAGUAUGAUGAGCUGGACGCUCUCUUCACGCAGUUUGUCCUUAACUCAGCAGCUGGAGAUUCUCCUCCCUGGCUGGGCAUCUUCAACCAAGCAUGUGAGAAGUGGGAGGGGCUGCACCUGACCUCUGAGCUGGACACAGUGGUUCAGAGCAAAAUCCGGAGUAAGGAUGUCAGCUUGCUGGAGUUUCGCAACUAUCUCUUCCAGCGACAGUGUGCUCUGCUCUUCCAGCUCGACAAACCCUGGGAGGCAAGUCUCGUGAUAAUUUUGUACCGACACCGCAAGUUCCACCACCUGCAUGAUCUCUCUGAAGUCGCAAUCAGCACAUACAAACACAUUGGUCGUAUCCGCUCGGCCCGUCUCAUCGGCAGAGACUUGGCCACCUAUUACAUGGCUCAAGGAGAACCCCAGAAAGCAGCAACAUUCUUGACCGAUCAAUUGACCAUGUUCCUGGAAGAGGGCUGGCUGCUGCUGGCUGCUCAGACACACCUGGAUCUUGCAGAAUGUUAUCUCAACACCAAUGAUCUGGAGAGGUACAUCAGGACAUGUGCACAGCUGGCUGGGAGUGUGGCUCUCGAGGCACAAGUGAGAAAACAACAUUUUGAAAAGAUGAUUAAUGCCAUACAGGAUGUGAAGGAGGGCUCACCAUUACUCAUCCCAAGUGAUCGUAUCUUUGAGAUGGGCAGUCUCAAGCUGGUGUCGGAAGGUCGCAUAAUUCUCGAAUCUGAAGUUAAGGUGGAACUUUCAAUACUUAGCAAAUUACCAGAUGAUGUAAGUUGUGAGGCCAUAUAUGUUAUGCUGCAGCACUCCAAGGAGGAGGAUGCAGUGAGCACAAAACGCACCAGUGAGGUAGAACGCAAGACAAGUUCUUCCAGUGGUUCAUCACAAGCAGCUGGCAGCAAGUCUCAGUCUUCAGCCAUGGUACACAGAAGUGGGAGUAGCAGCACAGAGGCAGACCGCGGCAGUGUUCCUCCAGAUGCAGCAGACGUGGAUAGCAGCAAGAUAAACCUCAUGACUGAGCCACUUCAUAUGAGUAUUCACUUAGAAUACAAGCAGGACAAAGCCCUCUCCUCUGCUUCUGUCACUUGCUCCAACUCCCACAAGGUUCUCAGGAGACGAGACAGUCAGGGUGGGCUGUACAAGGUGGAUCGCAACAUAGUGAAGGAGAAUCUAACGGACAAGCUGAGUGCUGAUGAUGUCAUCAUCAGGCCUGGCAACAACACCAUCAUCCUCUCCACCAAGGUCACGAAGAAAGGUCGUUACAUUGCAUGUCAAGUGGUACUAGCCCUGGACAAGGUGGAAUUCAUCUGCAGCAAGACAAAUGUUAGUGGUCCUCCUCUGUUCCUGGAGGUCGUGAGCGAGUGUCCACGCAUAUUUUUGGGACGUCGUGAUCGGGAUCUCUUAGCUGGCAUGCAUCAGCCGAUGGUGCUCACAGUGCACAGUGGCAGUUGGCACAUUGUGAAGGACACGUUAGUGAAACUUCGCACUUCUCGUGGGAUGACUAUGAAGUGUGACAUUGAAGGUGAAAAUAAUAAUAUACUGGAAAGGGAAAUAGAGGUGGCCUUGCCAGAGGUGUGUCCUUUUUCUUCAGUUGGUGUUCCCCUGACAGUGUUGGCCGAACUGGGACCACAGAGGGAUGCCGCAACCCUUGAACACAAUGUAGCAAUCAGCAGCUCCAUAAUCAACCAGAGACUAGAUAUUGAUGUUCACUUCAUACCUCCAUUCAUGUCCUCUCACAAGCUACUUACAGCUAACACUUCCAAGUUUGUGCAGGUAACCGUUACAGGCCUGGUGAGUCGAGCAGUGGAACUGUGGGAUCCGGCACUGACUCUGGCAGACGUAGAACAGCAUUACAAGCUAAUACCACUUCAUCCUCCAACACAGACCCUGGUGGUAUGCACAGAACAAGCUGCUAGUUACAUGUGGGGGAUGGAAGUAAACUAUACAGAGACAGUCACACCACAUAUCAAGAUGGAGUUUACACUUCGCUACCGUCCACUACAUGAGAAUUCUCAGCCACUUCAAGAGGACUCUAGAACCUACACCUAUACAUUUGAUCUUCAGGAUUAUAAGACUCUGUACACCAUUCGAGCACGGGUGGAGCCCAGCAAAGGAUCAGAGCUGUGUCGUGCUGGCAACAUGUGCCACCUACACAUUGCUUUACAGCAGGUGUCAUCGAAGGUUCCCACUACCGAAACAGAUGGGACCAGUGCAACGCAAGCAUUGCAACACACGUCACAACACUCGAUCAUGUAUGAGGUAUUAGCAGACCAGACCAUGUGGGCAGUGUGUGGCAGAACUGCAGGAGUAUUGACACUAGAAGGUGGGCUGCGGCAGUGUGUCACCAUGGAUGUCAUGCCCCUCACUGGAGGGUUUUUACCAUUACCAUCUGUACGACUGUCAAAAUACAUUCCUGCUGACAGCAAACAGACUACAACCAAAGAUGGAGGAAGGAAGAUGGAGUACGUAGGCACUGCAUCAUCAGUUCCACGUCUCCAGCCUUUUACUCCAGGACAAGUUUACAACUUCAGUAAAGCUCAGCAAGUUCACGUCCUCCCUGCAUCCAAUACACUUCAGGGAGAGCUCUCCCUCACAUGAAAUAUAUACACAGUUACCUGCUGUGACACACAUUAUUUACUGGCUGCAGGUGCACCAGGCCUAAUGGUGUACACUACAUAUACUUUGUGCUAUACUGUAUAUAUAUAUUGUCUUCUAAAUAUGAACAUGCUGGUGUUCAUGUCACAAUAUUUGUGAUGUAUACAGGUCUCUGAUACCUGAGUUUCUAAUAUUGUCAUCCACUAACCUGAUUCACAUAAAUUAACAUGACAUGCCCUAGGGAGACUCUUGGCUUAAGCAUCACACCUGGAUGUAAACUUUUACCUUGUAUGCAAAAUUUCUUGUUUUUGUAAUAAAAUUUUUUUUUUAGCAAGCACAGCCAACCUUUCUCAUUACUUAAGCAUCUUAUGUGUACGAGAAAUGGGAAAAAUGUGUUGGUAGUGUACAAUACUGUUUAUCAUUCCUGUUUUAAUCCUAUAAAUGUUGCUUUAAUAGUAAAUGACUGUUGAUUUAAGUUAUUUAUAGCAUCACUGUUUUCCCAGCAAGAUAUAUUUAUAAAUAGUUGUUGUUAAUGUACCUUGGUGUAGAAUUUCCAUUAAAAUGAUAUUUUGAAA